CAAUUGUCUCAAAUUCGUCGGUAAAUGAGUUCGAAACCCUUAAAAAGAAUUGCUGGUUAGGGUAUCGAGCUUCUAAAAAAUUCGUUGCUUUCGCUUUUACGCCUGAUAAUCUGCUUUGUCCGAUACACAUAUAUAAUUCAAAAAUGUGAAGGGGAUUUGGCGUAAUUUUUUGGGUAUCUAUAGGGGAUGGACUUUGUUGGUUCGUGGAUGUAUACAUAUAAUAACCAGUUCUACAUGUAAGAGUUUUUGGCUGGAUGUUUUUAUGGCAGAAAGGAUAGAGUUUUGGAUUAAUUUGGAGGAGGAAAGCAAGGAUGAGCACUGCAAAAAAAAGGAAUAUCAAGAUCGAGCCUUUCAAGCAUAGGAUCGAUAUGGAUUCCAAGCAUGCCGACAAGACGUGGAAGAUUUUGGCUGACGCAAUUCACGAAAUCUAUAAUCAGAAUGCCAGCGGCUUGAGUUUUGAAGAACUUUACAGGAAUGCUUACAAUAUGGUGCUUCAUAAAUAUGGGGACAAGCUGUAUUCUGGCCUUAUGACUACAAUGACAGUUCAUCUGAAGGAUAUAGCCAAAGCAGUCGAUGGAGCACAAGGGAGUUUGUUUUUGGAAGAGUUAAACAGAAAAUGGGCGGACCAUAACAAAGCAUUGCAGAUGAUUAGAGAUAUUUUAAUGUACAUGGACAGAACAUAUGUAACAAAUGCUCGCAAAACCCCAGUAUAUGAACUAGGACUAAAUUUGUGGAGGGAUUAUAUCAUCCAUGCUCCGAAAAUAAAGGAUAGGUUGCAGGGUACUCUUCUUGAGCUCGUACGUUGUGAACGAACAGGGGAAGUCAUCAACCGAGGUUUAAUGCGCAAUAUUAUCAAGAUGUUUACAGAGCUAGGUUCUUCUGUUUAUCAAGAUGAUUUUGAGAAACCUUUUCUAGACGAGGCUUCAAAUUUUUAUACUAUUGAAUCUCAGCAGUUCAUUGAAUGCUCCGAUUGUGGGGACUAUCUCAAGAAAGCUGAGAGAAGGUUAAAUGAAGAGACAGAAAGGGUUUCACACUAUCUAGAUGCAAAGAGUGAGGCUAAGAUUACAAAUGUUGUAGAGAAAGAAAUGAUAGACAAUCAUAUGCAGAGAUUAGUGCAUAUGGAAAAUUCAGGACUGGUAAGCAUGCUUGUGGAUGACAGGUUUGAUGAUUUACGUCGCAUGUACAGCUUGUUUCACCGAGUUCCUACAGGACUGACCACUAUCCAAGAUGUAAUGACUUCUCAUUUGCGUGAGAUAGGGAAGCAGUUGGUAACUGAUCCAGAGAGACUGAAAGAUCCAGUGGACUUUGUGCAACAUCUUCUUGAUGCAAAGGACAAGUAUGCUAAUAUUAUAAGCAUGUCAUUCAACAAUGACAAGACCUUCCUAAAUGCCUUGAAUUCAUCGUUUGAGUACUUCAUCAAUUUAAAUCCAAGGUCUCCUGAGUUUAUUUCCCUGUUUGUUGAUGACAAGCUUCGGAAAGGCCUUAAAGUAGUCAAUGAAGAUGAUGUGGAGGCAGUUUUGGAGAAAGUGAUGGUGUUGUUUCGAUAUCUUCAAGAGAAGGAUGUCUUUGAAAAAUAUUACAAACAACACUUAGCUAAGAGACUUCUCUCAGGAAAGACUGUUUCAGAUGAUGCAGAGAGAAGCCUAAUAGUGAGAUUAAAAACAGAGUGUGGUUAUCAGUUUACUUCAAAGUUGGAAGGUAUGUUUACAGACAUGAAGACUUCUCUGGACACUUUGCACGGUUUCAAUUCAAUGUUGGGUGCAUCUGGUGAUGCCAAUGAAGGUCCUACUUUGGCUGUCCAAGUUCUCACUACAGGUUCAUGGCCAACACAAGCUGGUGCUAGGUGCAACUUGCCUAGAGAAAUUUUGGCAGUGUGUGACAAGUUUAAGGCAUACUACCUAAGCACUCACUCUGGCCGUAGGCUGACAUGGCAGACAAACAUGGGCACAGCAGAUUUAAAGGCAAUCUUUGCAAAAGGUCAGAAGCAUGAACUCAAUGUCUCAACUUAUCAGAUGUGCGUCCUUAUGCUUUUUAAUUCGGCAGACUGCUUGAGUUAUAAUGAAAUUGCAGAAGCAACGGACAUACCUUCUUCAGAUCUGAAAAGAUGCUUGCAGUCUCUUGCAUGUGUAAAGGGAAGAAAUGUGCUUUCUAAGGAACCUAUGUGUAAAGAAAUAAAUGAAGAAGAUAACUUUUACUUCAAUGAGAAGUUUAGUUGCAAAUUUUACAAGGUCAAAAUUGGCACUGUUGUUGCACACAGGGAGAGUGAGCCAGAAAAGCAGGAGACCCGUCAGAAGGUGGAGGAAGACAGAAAACCUCAAAUUGAAGCUGCCAUUGUUAGGAUUAUGAAAGCAAGGCGCAUUUUGGACCAUAACAAUAUUGUUGCUGAGGUAACCAAACAGUUACAGGCACGGUUUUUGCCAAACCCCGCAGUAAUAAAGAGACGGAUAGAGUCACUUAUAGAACGAGAGUUCUUGGAAAGGGAUAAGAUAGAUCGGAAACUGUACAAGUAUCUUGCCUAAGAUUUAAUGUAAAUUUAACUCAUGUUUUGAAAUGUAUUUGAUUGACAGAGCAGCAAGGUUCUUUACUUCAUGAUUAGCAAAUUGUUGUCACCUGCAAGAUUGCUCUGAAUGAUGUAAUUUCCUUAUCUUUGGACAUUUAAAUAUGAUUUACACAAGAAGGAUACGAUAAAUUGUCA